CGUAAUCAUGGAACCGUUCAAUGCACACACACACGCGUUACAUACCCUGGAAACCAGGACAUCUCUCUCGUGCAGGUGCUUUAGUGGCUUUGGUUAUGAAUCUCGCCACUAAAUAAAUAAUGGCUCAAGGAAGAUGGUGAGAAGAUGCGGAUAUGUUGGAAAAUGCUGUUGCUUGCUGUUGUCGCUGCUGGCUUCUUGCUGUCGCUGGGCUUCUUGCUGUCGGCAAAUCCCCGCCGCCGUUAGCAGCACUUCACCGAAAUCGAAACCACCUAGAUAAUCAGGUCUUCUGCAGUUGCGUUGGUGGUGAACGAACCAGUCGGAACAUCUCGAUCGAAAGCCUCUUUUAAUGUUUUCAUUGCUAUCGUGGCGUAACUCGAUCACUGAACAAUGGGAUCGUAGCGUGUUGUGUGCGAUAUCGAUCGAUAACUCCGAGGCCCGACCGCGCACAUCUCCGAUAUAUAAUAAUUUUCCCAAACCCAGGGACGACCUCAGCAACUACUUCCACCAACAAGACAACACACGACUCACGAUCUAGACGAGCGCGAGGAGAGAGAAAGAAGCGCAGAGGAUAUAUUAACGAACUCAGUGCGCACACAGUAGCUGCACACACGAACUCGCCGACUGGAGGUCGAGAAACUCGGAUAUACCACCAUCGCGCCUGCAAUCCCCCCCCCCAACUCGCGCGACACCCAGCCAGAGCCGCGACGAUGAAGCUCCCCCCACGCAUCCUCUCCACGGCGCCACUGAGACGAAUCGCGCGCCCAGCGGGACAACGUGUAUUUGCCGCGCGCUCGCGAUAUGCUUCUUCUACAUCACCACUAUCCUCGCCAUCUCCCACAACUGGACACACCGACGCGGCGGGGCAGUCGCAUUCGCACACACACUCACAACAACCGGCGCAACAGCCAAAAACACACUACACCCUCUUCCCCCUCACCCUCCCAUCCGGCCCUCCCCCAGCAGGGGAAUUUGCGAUAGACCUCCCCUCCCUGCGCAGGGAGUACCUCCGUCUCCAAGCCGCUGCGCAUCCAGAUGUGCACUCUGGUGCUUCAAAGGCGCGCGCUGAGGCUAUGAGCGCGGUGAUAAAUGAUGCGUAUACGACGCUGAAGGAUCCGUUGCGGAGGGCUGAAUACAUCCUCUCCCUCCACGGCAUCGACACCAAGAAAGAAGGAGAAAAAAUGGGCGGAGGUCUCGGCCUGGGAGUUGAAGGUGGGAUAGGGGGAGGAGGAGGGAUGGAGGAUAUGGAGUUCUUAGACGAAGUUAUGGAGGUCCGUGAAGCGGUUGAGGGGGCGGAGGAGGGGGAGUUGGGGGAGUUGGUUAGGGAGAAUGGGGAGAGGGUUGCGAGGUGUGAGGAGAGGCUUGGGGAGAUGUUGGGGAGGGGGGAGUGGGAGGGGGCGAGGGGGGAGGUGGUUAGGUUGAGGUAUUGGAGGGGGGUGGGGGAGAGAUUGGUUGAGAGGACGUAG